AACGGCAGCAGCAUGAAUGCUGUCGAGCUUCUCAUUGUUUUAGAAGAACUUACAUUUUUUGGAGAGCAUCCAGGGAACCAUAAAAGGGUCCAACCUCCUUUUGCACUGGGAAGAGGUAAUUACAUGCCUGAAGCCUGACUACUGAUAUGCUGCAGCCUGGUUUGGGGAGAGAUGUGGAGUUAAGGCACUCAUCAAGAUGAUUAUGACUGAUGAAAGUGAACCAACCAAUAAACCAGCAAUGCAUUGUGCACCAAGAAUCUCCAGUGGGCGUAACAGCCAACCCGUAGCCUAUGGUGAAUAUGGUCAUCAUAGUGAUCAACUUUAAGGAAACCUGAACUCUGAACAACUACCAGUUUCAGGAUGUGCUGGAGGAGUUUAAUGCAAGCUUUGUGAUGACUUGAGUAAAUGGUCACUGCUCCUUGAACCUGUGAUUGCUAGCACUGAACACAAACAGCAUGCACAACAAAUAACCUUUCUGAUGGAAGCUACCUUGGAAAAUGCUAGCUUUGAUCCAGUCUCUGUUUCUUCUGAAGAGAUUUUAAAAUAUUCUGACCUUUGCAUACCAUUGGCAUAUUUACCUGGGGAUCCCUACAAAUUAAUUGCUGAAGCAAACGUGGAUGAUUUUAGUAGGCUUGGAGUAGCCUUCAUGGAGAACAGACUACAAAUGGAUGAUGGAAUGGUACCUCAAAAAAUAGCUUCUCUACAGCUCAAUGAAUCAGUUCAAAUGAAAUUGCUGAAAUCAGGUGCUGUCUCUGAAAAAGAAAGGAAGGAGAUGGGGGGUCUCCAGGAUCUGGAUAUUGCAAUGGAGACCUGUUCUAAAAGUACUUUAAUCAAAUCAGUGACUGAACCAAAUGUAGGUUCAUGUGGUGAUAGCUACAGUACAGUUGGUUCUGCUGAAAAACCUCGACAACCAGCAAUGCAUGAAAUAAUGGGAGUUCACAGUGGAGAGCUUCACGCAGCCAAAGAAGAUAAGGAACUUGAGGAGCAUGAAGGCUACUGCCUUCACCUUGCCAGUUGUUCUGAGUGUUUGGAAUUGGAAAAUAGCACUAUUGAAUCAGUCAAAUAUGCGUCAGCAGAAAACCUACAGGACCUCCCUGAUGAUUAUUGUGGAAGCUCUGAUGAGACCGUGGUUGAGGAGGACAAUUUAACGAUAAACACAAGGCAAAGCAACAAGAGUGGGAAACCUCCCAAUGUGUUGAUAUAUAUUGGAUCUGAUUAUAGUCAGUACUUGACAAAGUUUCAGCAGAUAAAAUCUGUCCUGUUGGAUUGCCUUGACAAUGACAGCUAUGUGGUCUAUCCUCUUCUCGAAGAGCAGGUUCUGAAAGUUCCUUGGGUUGAUAAUACUUUGUUGCUGGUUGUGGCAUGUGACAAUCCAAUGCCUGAACCGAUUCAUGCAAGAUUCAUGACUUACCUAUCCAAAGGUGGGAAGAUCUUGGGACUCUGCACAUCGUUUUCUUUUGGUGAAGUCAAAGUAUCUCUCAAAAAAGAAUUAAAGGAAAAGAUUCACAGGUUCUGCUUUACUAAAUCUGACAGCAAGAACAUAACCCUCCAUGCUUUUACUAGCGGCAAAGCAUUCUUAAGAGAGAGUAAUAGUGCAGUGGACGCUGCAGAAGGUCUUGAGCUGUGGGGGAGUUUGGCUAAUCCUGAAAAUGACAUAGUAAUCGUGCGUUUACCUCAUGGAGAAAAUGGAGGAGAAGCUGUUCUCUGCCAGGUUCACCUUGAAAUUCCUCCCGAUUCAAAAGAGACCCAUGUGCAGCAGGAUUUCAGAACACUUAAAUUGAGCAAUGCACUGCGAUAUGAAGUACUGACAGAAAUUCUGAUGUAUUUACAGCUUAGCUGUGAAUCUAGCAAAACGCCAUCUCUAACACCAGUGUACCUGUUGACCAUGGGAGAGGAAAUUCGGCGUUCUUUCCUGAGAUGGCUAUGGCCCAGACUGGACAUGGAAGGUGUAUUUAGGGCACAAAAAGUAUCUUUAAAAGUUGUAGCAAUGCAGCAACCUGGAAUGGAAAUCACACCUAGCUCCUUGCCCUUCAUCAUAGAAUCGCAAAAGUUUUCAUCAGAAUAUUUUGACCUGAAAAUCUACUGUGAAAAUCUGCAAACACGGGUGUUAGGUCAACUAAUUUUCUUCAGUGAAGUGAUCUCAACCACGAUGGAUCUUUUUGAUGGGUUGAUGCUUCAGUUGCCAGAGGAAGUAGGGUUAAUUGCCAUUGCAAUUCGACAAACACAAGGCAAAGGUCGUGGAGGAAAUACAUGGCUUAGUCCUAUAGGCUGUGCUAUGUUUACUUUACACGUUAGGAUUUCAACUCACACACAGCUUGGACAGAACAUUUCAUUCGUACAGCACCUAGUGGCUCUGGCUACAGUGGAGUCUGUGGUAUCCAUGCCAGGAUAUGAGGACAUUGAUCUGAGGCUUAAAUGGCCAAACGAUAUUUACUACAGUGAUCUCAUGAAGCUGGGUGGUGUCCUGGUUAAUUCUACUUUGAUGGGAGGAACUUUUCACGUACUUAUUGGCUGCGGAUUCAAUGUAAGUAACAGCAACCCAACUAUUUGCAUCAAUGAUAUCAUCCAGCAACAUAACAAAGAGCAUGGAACAGAUCUACAGCCACUUCGGAUAGACCAGCUGAUGGCUAGGACAGUCACCAUUCUUGAAAAUCUGAUCAGCAUUUUCCAGGACAAAGGGCCAAAUGGAGUUUUGCCACUCUAUUAUAAACGAUGGGUGCACAGUGGCACAAAGGUGCGACUGUGGAAAGAGGACGGUCCUGCAGCAUGGGUAGUUGGUUUGGAUGAUUCUGGCUUCCUUCAGGUUCAGCAGGAAGAUGAUGAUGACAUUGUUACAGUACAGCCUGAUGGAAAUUCCUUUGACAUGCUGCGUAACCUUAUUGUCACGAAGCAACAUUAGAAACACGUUCAAAUUUUGGGGAAGUUUUGUUUUCCCCAGAACAAGGUUUAAAUAGACAAAUGGAUUUUCCCCCCCCUUUUUCUUUGUUUCUGUCAUUCCGCAAAUUUUUGUUACUCCCCCCUCUCUACAAUGACAAAGUUUCGAAUGAUUAGCAGACUGUUUGUGGCGUUAUUCAUGCGAAGUGAGCAGUAGUUCUGUUGCAAGAAAGGCAUGGAGUUGCUAAGGUUGUGAAGAUAUUUGUAAGCAAUCUCCCCAGAGACAGAGGAGUAACUGUUUGCUUGAUUGGUUGUUGAAAAAUAAAAAGGGGACGAAAUUGGGCCUCAUUUCACUUGUUUCUUGGAGGUGAAUUUCAAUUUCACAGGCUGUCUCAUGCCCAAAGAUACAAGAACUAUACUAAUUCCAUCGAUUUGAGCUAUAUUCAGGCAGGGUUGGUGACCGCUUUAAACAAUAUUAAGAUGCCUGCGUAAGCUAAUGAGGGCCUAACACCUAUUUCAGAGACCCACUCUUGAGAUUAGUCAAGCCCUUGGCAGUUGUUGUGCUCUACAGACUCUGACUACUUUCUCUGUCCUUAAAGGAACUGCCAGAGGCUGUUGAUUUUUCCCCCACUUAGCCUUGAUAUGAAGCUAGUGCUCCUCCCAUUUAUCCCUGGACCUACCUGAAGGCCACUUGCAGUUUGCGAGCUGGUACAUCUUGGGGCUGACUAGUGAGCCACAUUGGAAUACCAAUUGGCAACCACAGCUUACUAGUUCUGUGUAAUGAGGCCCGAACACAAAUUUCUGAAACUCCUCAGGCCAACCUGUUCAGGCAUGCUGCUCAUUUCACUUCUGUAACCAGGUGCUGCACAAUUUCUUUCCUAUUGUGCUUUCUUUACUGCGGUUAGAUGAAUAUCACGGUUUCAUAAAUAAAAUUCUGCAUGUUCUAUAGGACUGCAGCUGUUACCUGUCCAUAUGUUUAGGCUCUGUCUUUUCAUAGUAAGGUCCAAGAAAAGGAGAAAACUUUAGGGCGAAAUUUUCCGUCCCCAUUGGUGUCAUGGCAGUGUGAGCAGAUAAUAUGGAGGGAAGGUCAAAAAUUGGUUUCGUGCCAUUGUGAAACAGUUUGCAAUUGUCCACUCUGUCCAGCAAUGGUGGGCCACAUUUCCCGCCGCUACAUGUCAGGAAUGUCAUUUUAAUACAUUUGAACCUCAUUAUAAGCCCUGCUCGCCGGAAUCAUCUUACCACACUGGAUCACCCGGGUAUAUCAUGCCGACAUGUUUCACAACCAUACAUAAGUGAUGUGCACCUGGUGAGCUGUACUUUGCUCGGGACUUUGAGGUUUGUUUGCCUACCUUGCUUUGGGCAGCACUCGCUGUCAUCAGUACCAGGCUUCGCAGUGUGAGCACCACAUCACUUUUAGGGAGGCUCACUGGUAGAUCUCUACCUACCAGACCAGCCAUAAAGCGGGGGUGGCUUUUCACCGGUUGCCACGGCUUGCUUGGGGAAUGGGGAGAUGCAACCUCAGGCAAGGGAAGAGGCACCAGGGCGAGGGCUUUACAGGGGAAGGAGGUAUCCCAGGGUGAUUGUGGGGGCACAUGUUGAUCUGUGCAAGUAGUCUCAAGAUGGUGAAGGCUGAGGAGAGUCUCCAGAGAAGAUGAGGCCAGAUAGAGAUGUAAGGAUGUGUGAAGAGAGAGAGUGGUGAUGUCCCUUGAGCUGGCAGUAAGUGAGAUGCCAAUAAAUGUGGUGGCAUUGUGAGCGUGAGAGUUUAGAGUGAUUAGAUGGUUGUCUUAUCCUGAUGGCACAGAUGAGAUUAUUCAUCCUCUUUCUGCACUGGAUGGCUGACCUCUUGUGUGCAGCAUUGGCACUGACCACCUCUGCCACUGCCUCCCAAACCAGAGUGGUGAAACUGAUAGGCAUCCUGUGGCCAAAACAGGAUUAGAGGACAGCCUCCACUAUGUCCAGAGGGUGUCCCAGGGAUGCGCCACUGAAUCGGGAGCUUUCGGGGCCAUGUCUUCCCCAGUGCCCUCCUGGGCUGUAAGCAUUGUGAAGUGUGUGUGUGGAUGCAGUUUAAAUAUGGCACCCUGUGUGAGGAAGCGGUGAGGUAACAGCAUGGCGGGCAAAUCAGGCUGCCCACCAGUGAGAUGCCAUGUUUCCUGUGGUUGCAUAAUUAAAGAAGUGGAAUGGGACAAUACAAUGCGAAAACCCACCAUUACGGGCGGGAACUUUUUUCCCCGCUCGCUACCACACUUUAUGAAAAUCUGGGACGAUUCCGCCCUUAGUCUUAUUCAUAUUUUCCUUAUUUAAAUAGCUUGUAACUGUACAUGGUUUAAUAGAACCUUGUUAAAACUUUAUUUAGGGCUUUUAUCCAGAAUUUUCCUCCAACCCAGAAACAGUCUGGUUUGCCUGAAAUAAAGCACUAUUUUAGAGUUUUCACUGUUAACUAAUAAAAGAAAGGCAGCUACUGGGAAAAAAAAUUAACAUAUUACAAAACGGUUCCAUUUUGUAUCAAAAUUCGUUUGUUAAUUUAUGUAACAUGCUGUAAGCAAUCUUUGAAUAAAGCUUGAUUUUAUUAGGAAAA